AUACAUUUCUGAAGGCUUAGGCAUUACCAAAAAGAAUGUUCCUUCUCAAUGACACCCAAUUCCACCUCGUCUCCUUCUUGUUGCUGGGGAUUCCAGGGAUGGAAACAUUGCAUGUCUGGAUUGGCUUUCCUUUUUGUGCUGUGUACAUGAUUGCCCUCAUGGGGAACUUCACUAUCCUGUUUGUGAUCUGGGUUGAGAACAGCCUACACCAGCCUAUGUUUUACUUCCUGGCCAUGUUGGCUGCUAUUGAUUUGGGUCUGUCCACAGCUACCAUCCCCAAGAUGCUCGGGAUCUUCUGGUUCAACCUCAGAGAGAUCAUCUUUGAAGCCUGCCUCAUGCAGAUGUUUUUCAUUCACAGCUUCACACUUAUGGAGUCAGCAGUCUUGUUGGCAAUGGCUUAUGAUCGCUAUGUGGCCAUCUGUGAUCCGCUUCGAUACAGCACCGUCCUCACCAACAAGAUUGUCUCUGUGAUUGGUGUUGGUGUGUUAGUGAGGGCAUUUAUUUUUGUGAUUCCAUUUGUGUUUCUUAUUUUGCGACUGCCCUUCUGUGGGAAUCAUGUCAUUCCCCAUACCUACUGUGAACACAUGGGUCUGGCUCGUCUGUCUUGUGCCAGCAUCAAGAUCAAUAUUAUUUAUGGCUUAUGUGCAAUUUGUAAUCUAGUAUUUGACAUCAUAGCCAUUGCCCUUUCUUAUGUUCAGAUACUCCGUGCCGUUUUUCGUCUUCCCUCCCGUGAAGCCCGACUCAAGUCCCUCAGCACAUGUGGUUCUCAUGUUUGUGUAAUUCUUGCCUUCUAUACACCAGCCCUCUUUUCCUUUAUGACACAUCGCUUUGGCCAUAACGUCCCCCGCUAUAUCCACAUACUCCUGGCCAAUCUUUAUGUCGUAGUGCCACCAAUGCUCAACCCUGUCAUCUACGGAGUCAGAACCAAACAGAUUUAUGACCGUGUGAAGAAAAUAAUAUUAAAGAAACAAGGAAAGGAAAAAGAAUGACACCUAAUGCAUGUGUGGUUCAAUAUGAAAUUUCAUGAAACUUGAAUUAGAGAAAUUCCUUCUCACAAAAAUUAUGUUAAAAUAUAUAUCUAUAUUGGCUCUGUUCAGUAAGUAUUUAAAUGCAUUUCGUUUCCACCUGCUUUUCAGACCACUUCUCAAUAUCCAUUGCUGCAAACUCUUCGUCCCUUAAAAUUUCAUUUAGCAGGUCAUGUCAUUUUCUCUAUUCAUUUCAAUAUCUGAUUGAUAUUCAUAUAUCACAAGUUUUGAAUGCAUCCAUUGCCACUAGAUUAGUUGAUGUUUCAUGGA